AUGCUAUCGCGAGAUGUAACGCAACCCAUUCGCAAUUUCCGCCUCAAAUUUGAGUAUCCCUCAUGUGAUGAAUGUGAUGUAGAAUUGUGGCUCAACACCGCCAUACAGCGUCAAGUUGAGAGGAUUGAGCUUCAUUCUCGGAUAACAACGUUGCCGAUUGGAAUUCUGACAUGUGCAAGCCUUGUUGUUCUCAAGUUGGAAUUCUUAAUAGUGGACCGUAUUUUAACAGUACACUUACCGGCUCUUAAAACUUUGUAUUUGAUGCGGGUCGUAUUUGCAGAAGAUGAAUAUCUUGGUAUGAUUCUCUCAGGAUGCCCAAAUAUUGAGGACUUGCAAAUCAAUUAUUAUUCUUAUUUUGGGCUAGAAUUCAGUCCUCUUGCCAUCACUUUCCGCAAUCUAAUUCAGAUGAAGCUCUCCGUGUAUGAUUGUAAAUGGGGGUUGCUAGUUGGACUGCUCAAAUCCUGUCCGUUGCUUCAAAUUCUUGUCAUCAGAAAGGAGAAGAAAUCGGCAAGCGUAUUGGAUCCGUUAAAUCAGUGUUACACACAAACCGUUUCUGGAUGCCUUUCAUCGCACCUAAGAGCCUGCACUAUAAAGAAUUUUCAUGGUGCUGAUGUUGAUAUUCAAUUUGCAAUAUAUAUUCUGCAGAAUGCAAGUUUGUUAAAGAAGAUGACCAUAUGUUGCUCGAGUUCCUCAAGAAAAGGAGAUAGGUUUGAAAUUUUAAAAAAGAUAUCCAAGGUUGCUAGGAUUUCGACAACUUGUGAACUGUUGUUUGAAUGA